CCAGUCACUAAAUUUAAUUUACAGUGAAACAUGAAGGCAGGAGGAGCUAUUGAGCUUGGUGAGUCCAAAAGCACUUCAAGCACCCCAAAAAUUGGAGGGGUGAACAGAGGGGCAUCCAUACUAGACUUCAUUCUCAGGAUCAUUGCUUUUCUUGGUACCUUAGUAAGUGCAAUAGCCAUGGGAACCACUAGGGAAAGGCUUCCCUUCUUCACUCAGUUCCUUCAGUUCAGGGCCGAGUACGAUGAUCUUCCAACAUUCACGUUUUUCGUGGUUGCCAAUUCCGUCGUGUGUGCAUAUCUGGUGUUUUCUCUAGCCCUUUCCAUCUUCCACAUCGUACGAAGCAACGCCAAAAGGAGCAGAAUUAUCUUGAUCUUCUUCGACACGGCAAUGUUGGCUCUUCUGACGGCAGGUGCCUCUGCAGCAGCAGCUAUUGUAUACUUGGCACACAAGGGAAAUGCCAAGGCAAAUUGGUUUGCCAUCUGCCAGCAAUUCAACUCCUUCUGCGAGCGCAUCUCUGGCUCCUUAAUUGGAUCUUUUGUAGGAGUUGUUGUUUUUAUACUCUUAAUCUUGCUCUCAGCUGCAGCCCUCUCACGACGCUGAGUGUCAGUCUCAUGCAUUCUAAACGAUGCACCUAUAUAUAUGUGUUGAUUAUAGUGCAUCAGUAUGUCAGUUCUGUGUGUAUUUGCAAGGGACAGAUUGAAACGAAUGUCGUAUUAAUGUAUUUCAUUUCCUUUCCUUGCUCAAUAUUGUAACUCAAUUUGGCUGUCAAUUCUAUUUGCUGUAAC